AUGCCACGCAAGAUUAAAGUUAUUAAAAAAAAGUCUCAUGAAAAGAAAAAAGAUCCCUUAGCUCAAGAAAAGUUACUAUGGACAAUCGGUCAUUCAAUGAUGCUUGUAUUGGGUCUAAUAUUUAGUAUAACAUAUUUUUAUCAUGCUAUAUUAUUUUUUAAAUAUCGUGAUAUUAAGUGGUUAUUCUUAAAAUCUAAAUCCGAAUAUUCAAUUGUUACUGGUACUAGAUGGUUUCAUAAAUUAUUAAAAUGGGCUCCACAAAUUCUAUAUAGAUUAGCAUUGGUAGGCGGUGUUUUAGCUUACAGUACAACAAUGAAACAAAAUUGUAAAGGUUGGAGUCCAACAUGGUAUGAUUUAUUAAGUAGUGAAAAUUUCCAAACUUUAAUGAUCGUUUUAUUAUGGUUAUUUACAUUUGGUAAGUCAUUUUAUAGAAUCUUACCUUUAAUGGCAAACAGUUUAAUUCAUUUAAUGAAUAAGAAAUAUGAAAUGACAAACGAAGUUGAUGAUAAAUUGAAUAGUGACGUUGCAAGAAAGCAUUCCAAGAUCUUAAAAUUGAUUGCUUAUUCAGAAGUAUUCUUAAUGAUUACAUUAUUUCUAGAUACCUUUUUGAUGAAAUAUGGUACAGCAGGUGUCUCUUUAAUACUAUAUUUGGGUAUUUUCUGGUUAAGAUUAAUUUACUCACCAUAUCUUCAAUUUACUGUAUUAUCAAUUUUAAUUAAAAUGGAUAAAGUUGUGCCAAAGAGUAAGAAGAAGCAAUGGGAAAAGCUUAAAACUUUCUUAAAGGAAAAUAGAGAAAAGCGUGAAAAGAGACAAGAAGCUUAUAAAGCUACAGCCUAA